CGACACGGUCUAUCUCUUCCUCAGAAAGUCGUCUGAAAAGGGGAAGCGUCAUUCUUAGUCUUGCGCUUCAUCUCAACAACCAGUUGCCAGCAGAUGCUCCAGAGUCUUCAGGAGCAGCGCAUGCUGCUGAUCUCACAGGCGUAUGUACACCCGAGGCGACUUUUCCUUUCGCGUUGUACAUUGAGUCGUUUUUCCCCCCUGCAGAAAACGUUUCUCUUUUUCACAAACUCUACGGAGGCUCGAGAGUUCUUCUCUUUUUUCUCUUUCUCUUGACGCCGUAGCCAAUCCGUUCUCUGUCUGCCUCCCGUAGCCGUCCUGCCCUCACCGUUGACUUCCGCAGCUUCAUUCGAUUGCAUUCUUUUCAACGUGUCUCGCCUGGACUUGAAUUCGCACAGUUUCCGGAUUCUUCCUGUCUUGUGUUUAAGCCGUUCCUCUUCUGCCUUCUCAUCUCCUCUCUUUCUCCCCUUUUCUCCACCACGCAUUGUUCUUCCUUCCUCCCUGGAAGACCUCGCUUCGCGCUGUCCACUUGAAAAAGAGGAAUCUGAACUCGCUUCUCCCUCUUCACGGAACAUUUUUCACACCCUGAAGAGAGUUUCGUCUUCGAAUCUCUUUUCAGUCUCUUCUCUCUCUGCUUUUCGGCGGCCGCGUCUCCCCUUCAGCCCCCGCUCGGUCUUCUCCCGUCUUCACUCCUCGCGUGCCUCCAAAUGGACGCCGAGGGGAGAGGGUACAUGCGCCCUGUAGAGGCCAUUGCGUCCACGCGCGAGCGGCGCCUCACAGGGCAAAGAGUCAUUGUCGUUCUCGAAGGCGCGUCUCUCGAACUCGCUCAAGGCAAAGACAGAAGCCUUCAGCUGCUCAACAGCCUCGAACACAAACAGCUUCUGCGCAAGUGCGAUCGCCAGGGCGACGAGGUUCGUCCCGACAUCGCCCAUCACUGUCUCCUCAGCCUCCAAGAAAGUCCACUGAAUCGCGCAGGGCGUCUCUGCGUGUUCAUCCGAACCGCCGACAGACAGCUGAUCGAAAUUUCUCCUCUCCUGACAGUCCCCCCGACGUACCAAGAAUUCGCGAAGCUGAUGACCAAUCUGCUGUACGCGCGUCGUCUCAAGGCGGUCGAGAAAAACGUGACCUUGGCGCAGAUUGUGAAGAAUGAACACGCGAACUUUCUUCCUCCCAACAGUGUGAAAGUCGCGCUGACGGUGUCGGGCCGGAGUGUGGCGCUUUCGGACUUCGUGCAGAGGUUCAAGGAGACGGAUACCCCAGUUGUCUUUGUCGUCGGCGCAGUGGCGCAUUCAGAUCCAACCGGCGAGUGCGACUACGUGGAUGACAAAAUCUCGAUUGCGGGGGUUGGUCUCACAGCUGCAGUUUGCUGCAGCAGCAUAUGCGCGGAGUUCGAGGCACUCUGGGAUAUUUUCUAAGUUUCUUCCUCCGCUUUCUUCUUCUCUUUCUGCCUCCUGUUGCUUCUUCACUUGUCAUCUGCCAAGGUGGGGUUCGUUUCUUCUUUUUCUUCUCUUCACCUUUUUCUCUACAUUAAAUUCUGAGAACUUGUCGCGUUUUUGCGCGAAUGCGGCUGCUCUUCUUUUCUUGUUGUCCUCUUGUCAAGUCCUCCCUUCUCUGCCGUCUCGGCUAUAUAUCUCCCUGCAACGGGUGUACUGUCUUUAUUUCGCUUGAGUUUCUAGGACUUCGUUUUUCAACGUUCGGCCGCUAAUAUGC